AUGGAUUGUGCUUUUGCUGGUCACUUGAUGGAGACUAUUGAGUCUGAGAAUCUGUUGCAUAGAGGCUUUGGCUUUCUCACCUUUAUUGCUGAUAAGGCGGUCGUCGUUGGCAUAUCUAACUUUUUGAGGCUUAUCUAUUUUCUGGAUCAGCAACGCCCUGCCACAAAGGCAAUGUUCUCCCUUCUGCGGACAAACACCUGCCGCAGCCACCCAUUGUACUGGGAGUCCGAGCUUAUUGGUGAGAAUGCCCUUGGGGCGAGGAAUGCUGCACAAAGGAAGCUCUUGGACGAACUGGGCAUUCCUGCUGAAAAUGUGCCUGUUGAUGAAUUCAUUCCUCUGGGUUGA